UAAAUAGAGUUCUAUUAGUCAAUAGUAAAUGUUAUUAGAGGUUCUCAUGGAGGUUUAUACGUCUGUGAAUAAGAUAGUGAUCAAUAAUGCUCACAAUUUCUUCAGGUGUGUAGCUAAAGUUCAAGCGUGCUCUUUUCCCCUGCAUUGCUAUUGCAUGCAAGUCGUAAGUCUUUGCUGCUUCUAUUUCAUCUAUAAAAGUGCCUAUGUACUUCUUCUCAUGAUUCACAUUGAUCAAGGCUUGCCAAUGAAUGUUGUUUUUAGUAAUUCCAAUGUAUUUGGACCUCCUUCCAAGGUACUUGUCUUUAGUAUACCUCGUCUUUUUAAUUGCUCGUUUGAAUGAACCAAGAGGGUUAUUGAGAAUAAUAUUGCGAAUUAUAGGAAGCCUAUCUGUAAUAUCAAGCCUCCAUGAACGAUUUCUCCUUUGCUUAACGACUUUAACUUCAGCUAAAUCAUCUUCAUUCUUUUCAGAUAAAGAAUA